GCAGACACCUGAUAGGGCGUGUAUGCAGUUACUGGGCGGGAUUUGGAGCGGACUGACUGACUGCCCUUUGACAGGAGGACCUGUGUGUGUAUGUGUGUGUGCAGGCUGCUGAGUGCGCAGUAGACGAGGGGGCGGGUAAGUUUGCGAUGGAGGACUCCAUUGAGGUGAUUCUGCAGGAACAUGGCAGGGUCCUUCCUACCAACAGACCCCAUCCUGUACUGACAGCCUGCACAGGUGCUCUUCUCACAGGCCUGUAUGGAGUAUGGAGUCUCUUUGCAGUGCCUGGCUUUCGUAAAGUCCCGUGGAAGCUCAAGGUUCCUUAUUUGCCCUCCAGUAAAGAUCAGACACUGAACAUUAUAAAGCUGCUUGAGGGACGAACAGGUCGCUUAGCAGAUCUGGGAUCAGGAGAUGGAAGACUGGUGUUUGCGGCCUCUUCUGCUGGUUUCCAGUGCACAGGGUAUGAGAUUAACUCCAUUUUAGUGGCCUAUGCCAGGAGCAAGGCGCUCUGGACAGGAGUGCCCUCCAACCAGGCCACCUUUGUUAAAAAAGACUUCUGGAAGACUGAUUUAUCUUUGUACAACAAUGUGACAGCUUUCCUUGCUCCAGGAGUGAUGGGGGUCCUGGGUGAGAAGCUGCUGAAAGAGCUUCCUGAUGAUGCACGUGUCAUUGCUUGUCGUUUUCCUUUUCCCAACUGGCCACACCAGUCGUCUGUCGGCUCCGGUCUUGAGGAGAGUUUUGCUUAUGACAUCAGCACUGUGCGCUCACACCUGAGAUGUGCACCCAACACUGUGGUGUAAACAUCACAGUCUCUGGGUUACUUUUUGUUCUCUCAUUCUUAUCAUCGCCAUAGCAUCAUGCACCAGUGUCUAAGAUAUGGCAGCGGCUUUAGCUUUCUUUCUAAGGGCUCUUCCACUACAAAUAAUUGUUUUUCCACAUUAAGACAAAUAACUCUCCUCAGUAGCUUGCUAAAAGUUCAUUGUUUUUGUUUGUUAUUCAAUAGUUUUGUCCAACUUUGUGGGGUUGUAUAUGUUGUGUUAUACUUAGGCAUUUUUUAUGUUUUGUAAAUAAACAUAAAAAAUGCCUAUGUCUGCAGCUCAAUGGCGUCUCUGAGUCAGCCAGUGAGCUUUUGGACACACAGAUGCUUUUGUGUUCUACUUGGCCACCUCAGGGGUGAUUUAAAAUACUGUAAUUAUCUGCAUCAUCUGAUCCUUGUGGCUCAUAUGGAAUAUGUAACUGGGUAGAGCGAUAAGCACUUUAGUCUGGAAACCAUGUUUACAGGUGCAACCCACUUGUUUGUUAGCGCUUAAGAGAUUUUAAUAAAAUUUGCUGGAAUGUUUGGUCAUUUUCCAAUGAACAA